UUAAAAUUUUUCACCUACGUCACUACUACUGUAUCUCAGUGAAAAACAUCACGUACAGUAACUGGUUUAGCAUUGUGAAAUUCCAAAAAAUCAACCUGUAUCCUCCGACGAUCCACGAUAAACCGACAACCCGGUUCUCAAAAAGUGCGACGUCCUCGUACAGUAGCGCCUGUCUCCAUUAUAUAACUGGUAGAGAAAUAACCAAGAUAUACAUUAUCAACAACAACCAUGAUGUUCCGUCAUUCUCUUCUUCUUGUGGCAUUGAGCUCAUUGGUGCUCUCGUCCACUGCAUUUGCCCCUUCCCGAUGUAAGUAUAUUGUGGAGAGUGGUGAUUAAGAUGCCGAAGUGUAACAGCAUUUCAACUUUGCACCUUAYGGUAAAUUGCGGUCUUACCUUGGAUGCCUUUCGAUCAUAUGUGGUUGGAUUUGUUUCGUUCUUAUAAAAAUGAUCAAUGUAAUGUAAAAUGUAUUAAUAGCUGUGGGAAGAACUGUAGCAUCCCGAUCGGAAUCGACCUAUGCUCCUUCGCCACUGUUUGAUGCUGCUGAUGAAAUUGCCAAAGAUCCCACCGACUUGACAGGAAAGGUCGCCUUCAUUGCCGGAGUUGGAGAUUCCACCGGAUACGGAUGGGCGAUUGCCAAGGCCCUUGCCGAUAAGGGAGCCACCAUCAUCGUUGGAACAUGGCCUCCGAUCUUGAAAAUUUUCCAGAUGGGACUCAAAAGAGGGAGCUUUGACGAGGACUCCGUUCUUUCGAGCGGAGGAAAGAUGGAAAUURCUAAGGUGUACCCUCUAGACGCCGUCUUUGAUACCCCUGAAGAUGUCCCCGAUGAAGUCAAGGAAAACAAGCGAUACAAGGGACUUGACGGAUUCUCCAUCUCCGAAGUUGCGAAGGCUGUCGAGGAAGAUUACGGCAAAAUUGACAUUCUUGUCCACUCCCUUGCGAACGGACCUGAAGUUACCAAGCCCCUUCUUGAGACAAGCCGCAAGGGAUACCUAGCUGCCUCUUCUGCUUCCGCUUACUCCUUUGUUUCUCUUGUCCAACACUUCGGACCCAUCAUGAACGAAGGAUCCAGUGCUCUUUCCUUGACWUACAUUGCCUCUGAAAAUGUCAUCCCUGGAUACGGUGGUGGUAUGUCUUCCGCCAAGGCUCAACUCGAGAGUGACACCCGAACCCUUGCUUUUGAAGCUGGACGCAAGUACGGCAUGCGAAUCAACACCAUCAGUGCCGGUCCCCUCAAAUCGCGAGCUGCCACCGCAAUUGGAAAGGAACCCGGCAAGAAGAGUUUCAUCGAAUACGCUGUCGAUUACUCCAAAGCCAACGCCCCUAUGGCCCAAGAUUUGUACAGCGAUGAUGUUGGUAACUCCGGACUAUUCCUGUGUUCUCCAAUGGCCCGUUCCGUCACCGGCGUAACAUUGUAUGUUGACAACGGUCUUCAUGCCAUGGGAAUGGCACUUGACAGCAUCUCCAUGCAAAGAGAAGAGUAAGCUAUAAAACCUAAUCAAUAU